CUCCGCCUUGAAAACUAUGUUACUGGUGGUGUAUAUUUGGUAUUGUUGUUAUCAUUUUGUUCAAUCUAUUAGCUACUGGCCUAAAUAUCAAAGCUGAAGAGAAGCAGACAAAAAAGAUCGAUAACGGUAUUAUUCCAUUAACAUUUUUUUAUUUAUAUCUUUUGAGAUAAUUAAAUUGUUUUUUUUUAUUUAUUAUUUUAUUUUUUCCUAAUCCAAUAUUGCGCUUUCAUCUUAGACUUUUUUGGCUCAAGAAAAGUAAAAUAAAGACAUUUCAAGUCAUUCUUUUUGUGUGCGUGUGUGUCAUUUGUCGCACUGUUGCUUUUAGCCUUUAUUUAUAUCAGAACAUUAUUGGUAUGUAAUCUGACAGUUUAAGAGGGAAAAUGAUAGUUUAUGGGCCUUUUAUUUGUGAGCUUGUCUACUGUUUAUAAUAUUUAGGAGAGAUAUUGCAUCUUGCUACUUGCGGUACUAUUUUGCGUGACAGACAGACGUAUACGGGUAUUACAAUAUAGACUUGUCGUCCACAGGUUCGCCCGUCCUUUAAAUUUACUCGUUGCAACAAAAUAGACAAACAUAUAUCGCAUUUUGCAUUCGUGCGUAUUAUAAAAAUUUCAUGUUUCCAUAACAGAACGCGUCUUUUGCGGACACACAAAAAGAAGACGGCUAUUACUAAAGAGACUAGUCGUUAAUCCGUGGAAAAAUCCACGGGGUCGCUCGUCCUUUAUAUUCAGCCGUGGCAACAAAGUGGAUAAAAAUAUACCGCAUUUGAUAUUCGUGUUACCGCAACAUUAGUUUCUAACUCAGCGGGGGGUCUGCAUAGGCGGAGGCGCAUAGACAGACAGACGAAGUAAGGCUAUUAUUACAUAGAUUUGCUAAUUAAAAUAGAAUUGCAACUGUGCAAUGAAAUCACAUUUUAUUAUAUAAAGUAAAGCUGAUUUAAUAAAGUUUCGUGAUAGCUUUUUCCAAUUUUCCUUUAUGUAGAACUUUUAACAUGUGACUAAAGCCUGACGCAUAUUUUUUGCCUGAUUGGAUUCGCAAGAUUUAUCCUGCACUGGAAAAAAUCACCACCUGACUUUAGAUGAUCUCUAUAUCUCUUUUUUUUAGAUGAAAUGGACAUGGAUUCGAACACAAAUGGGGUGUGUUUUUGUGCAGCAACGGUUCAUGAACGUAAGUGUGUAUCAUUUGUAAUCUUUUCAUGUACUGUACAUGAUUGAUUAAAAAAUAAUUAAUUAAAAAUUCUUAUAAAAUAAAAAAAUACAACUUUAAAACGUUUACUUAUUAUUCAUUUGUCUUUUUACGGAGAAGAUUUGUUUUCCCUGUAAAAAAAACUUCAAUUUUUGCCUACUGGUGUAUUUAGAAGUCCAAGAUGUCUAAUUCGAAGCGAUAUGGAAAAAACUUCUAGCAUUUCUGUAUAUAAAUUCAAAUUUUGGUUUGGAAGAAUUUGCCGCAGAUCCUGAAAGAGAGAAUAUCUGGGAAAUUUAUUAUAUGAAUUAAUAAAGCGAAUUUGGAUUUAAAAAUUUGAUAAAAACUACCAAACAUUUGUCUUCUGUGAUAAUUAGAUUCUACUAGAACAAGUGUUACAACAGCAAGAGUGUACUUUUUCCUUUAAAAGAAUGAAACUUAUCAUUUAAGCUAUUGCGAUAUUAAAAUGUUGUAAAGGUGUGCUGCUACAAUAGAUAGUUAAAUAUUACACAAUCCACAUGUUAUGAGAUAUUAAGUAUUUUUAUGUAGAAAUGGUUGCGUUGAAAUCAGUGGAAACAAAGAAAAUUGUUCUCAGCCUGUUUCCUGAAUUUGGAAGUACUCCGGUAACAGAUGUUUUACUAAAGGAAGCUCUGCAUAGCUCUGUAAAUGACGAAGUCAUAUACACCUAUUUGUGUAUUCUUUCCCGGCAAAGUAAACAUAAGAGUGUAAAGAUUAUUACUCCAGGCGAGAUGUCUCUGAUUUUUGAUGAACCAGCGUCAAAAAUGAAACAGCGUGAUAUAACAAAAUACGAUCAAAUUAUUGGUUGUCGUUGUUCAGGAUACCACUGGACGCUUUCGGUUGUUAUUCCAUCUGCUUCAACCAUAAUUUACUUCAACCCACUCGGUGAAUUACCUGAAGAAAUUGUAAAUGUUGAACAGCAAUGGAAUUCUUAUCUUACGGCGAAAUAUCAAAUAGAAGAUAACUUUAACGUGGAAAUUGUGCCACAUGCACGACAGAAAGAUAGCAUUUCAUGUGGUGUAUACUGUUUGAAAUUUGCAGAGUGCCUUAUUUUGGAAAAACAAGAGGUGCCAAUAACUUUAACAACAUCAAGCGUUACAACCUACAGAGAGGAAAUUGUUAAAAAAUUGCUUGAAGAGGGAGGUCAAGAACGAUGGUGCAAUAGCGUAUGUCGAGUAUGUGGAAAGGCAGAGGGUCCUAAAGUACAAGGAAAACCAACUGAUGCGUGGGUUUGCUGCGAUACUUGCUUACCAGCCAGGUGGUAUCAUCAGCAGUGUUUACACAAGUCGUUAAGAAAAUCGUACAGUAAUUUCCCAUUUAAUUGUGAUAUGCUGCAAGUCGCUCCUCCGGAAUUUAAUGAGAAGUUGUGGACUGUACAAAAAAAUGAAAAAGUGGAGGUACUUGUCAUAAAAGACGAAGAUAUUAAUAAUAACCAAGACACCGGUACAGUCAAGGUAUGUGUCUAGCUCUAUGAAAUCUAUAAUGAACCCAUGUGUAUAAAGUGGACAACGUAUAAUUUAAAAAAAAUAUUUUUCAAGAUUUUAUACAACAUUUUAUGCAAAGAAACAAAGCUUUUUUGUUAAAAUUAAUGUGUGUAUAACCUUGUUUGACCCAAUAAAUACACCUUUAGAAGAACGUAAAUGAAGUUGAUGAGGGCUGCUUCGUUAUAAAAAGGAAAAACAAUUACAUGAGGAAAUGUGCCGGGUGUGGCGGAGAUUUCACAGGCACAGAUGUGUGUGUCAUGACAACAGAAUUGAGAUUAUUAAGAGGAGAAAAGGCACCACACGGGAAACGCAAGAAAACAAAUGUGCACUAUCACAUAGAUCAAAAGUGUUUGGGCAGAGGAUUUGAAGCAAAUAAUAUAUUAAAUCCGAUGAACGUCUUCAUCUCAAAAGAAAACCUAGAUAUAUUUAAACAAAACGGGGUGGAUUUAAGGAAAAACAAGAAUUUUUAGCAUUAUCAAGUUUUUUUUAUAGAGAUUGUAUUUUAUGACUGUUUUAUGACGAAAAUGUUCUUUAAAAUACAGCGGAAUAUGUGUAUGUGUCAGACUUUCCUGUUGAUCUAAUGGUGUUCCUUUUCUUCAUAUUUUAUUGUAAGAUACAAUCACUUAACUUCAAACGUUUGAAUAGCCAUAUCAAAUGUGUGUUUUUAUAUUUUCCGCACAAAAAGAAUAAAUAAGAACAAGAAGAAGACAGCGUCUUUAACAUCUGCGCUGCAGGAGAAAUCUAAUGGUCAUACGUACGCAAUUCGCUGCGUCAAGAUCGUGCGCCAUAUAAUAUAAAAUUCAUUAUGUAAUGCAUAUAAAGCAUUCAUGAUACAUAAAUACUGUUUUGCAUUUAGGGUGAACAUUAUUUUAUGAACGUACGUACGAUAAAAUGGAUCAAAUCAAGAGUAAUUUUAAGAAUGACGGCUGGAUAUGGAUAAAAAAACGCGGCCAUAAUCGUCCCCCCUGGCCUUGUUAGGUCUUAACAUCGGGACGGAACCUGAACCGUCCCCAGUAGGUCAAAAAGAAGAAGAAGAAGCUCUAGAAACGAGGUUGGAAAUGCGACCAGAAGUAUUAUGUUGAUCACCAUGAAAAAAACGACUAUCAAAUAUCACAGCACACUCUAGCCUACUCAUAGACUGUGCACUUCGCCUUAGUCGUUCACAUUUGGUGAAAAGAGGGGAUUGGGAGCUAUAACAUCGUUAGCAUGUUCUGGAAGGCAAGUCGUUAAUGUGCAUGCGUAUUAUUUUCAGAAAAUAGAAAACACCAGCGUAUCAAAAUCGAUCGAAGUUGCGAAGCGCGUCUGGUUUGCAGGGAACGCCAUAGGGGGUACAGAAAAAAUCAGGUACGGAUGCCUGAAUUAUUCUGUACCCCCCUACAGUUAAAGGCGUACAAUAUCUGGCAACGCCAUAGGGGGUACAGAAAAAUCAGGUAUGAAUGCCUGAAUUAUUCUGUACCCCCCUACAGUUCUGGGCGUGCAAAUAUCUGGCAACGCCAUGGAGGGUACAGAAAAAAUCAGGUAUGGAUGCCUGAAUUAUCCUGUACCCCCCUACUGUUUUGGGCGUAUAAAUAUCUGGCAACGCCAUAGGGGGUACAGAAAAAAUC